GAGCAUUCCACUGUUGACUGUGCCUUUUGUUUUCUCCUCUCCAGCAGCACGGCCCAUAACUACACAACGUAAAUAAAUACGUUUGCGAAUAUUACUGCUGCAAGAAAUUUGUGAAAUUUCGACAUAAAGCUCCGUCUCGGCUGUUUAAGUGGUGAUUUGCUCAACCAAGAGAACAGGCAAGUUUGUUUUGAUCUUCUCGACUUAAGAAUCAUGGACACUGAAGUUACUAUUCUCCGGAAGAAACCAAUGAAGUCUUCUGCCAUGAAGUCAGAGCAGGCUGUGAAUACUGCUCGGCGUCAAGGGGCAGAAAUUGAUACGCAGCAAAAAUUUGGGGCUGCUCAGAACAAACAUCAACCAUCAACGUUGAAUGUGGCGAAAUUGGAUCGCGAAACGGAGGAAUUGAAGCAUGCCACAGUGUCGUUGGAUGUCGGAAAAUUGAUUAUGCAAGGUCGGCAAGCCAAAGGAUUGAGUCAAAAGGAUUUGGCUACGAAAAUCUGUGAGAAACCGCAAAUCAUUGGAGACUACGAAGCCGGUCGUGGUAUUCCGAAUCAAGGUGUGCUCGGAAAGAUUGAAAAGGUUAUCGGCCUAAAGCUGCGCGGUAAGGACAAGGGCCAACCAUUACUGCCCCCUGGGAAGAAGUAAUGCACGACUGCUGCUGAUAAUAGUGAACACGAUAAGAAAUAUCAUCCAUCAAUUUUACCAUCACACACAUCAAUCGAAUAAGUCUUCAGUCAACACGUGCAUUCUCAGGGGGCGCCUCAUAACAAAAAAAUUAAAGAAUAUAUUUCCAAAUCCUAAAUAAUAAGGUAUUACAUAAAUGAAGCGUACUUUUUGAGUAUAUUCAAAUUAUAGAAAACUUGGUCUGUAAUCGCAGCAGCAUCACUUUUCACUAACAAUUUCAUGAUUUAAUAAAUAUAAGAAUUUG